UGGCUGAAUUCCUGCACUUGCUUCUUCAUCCUGCUCUCCGAGUGCUCCAGCAGCUUCUCCUUGUAAGUCUCUCCUGCACUCCGUUCUCCCAGCGUUGUCUCCUGCACUGUCGCUUUCUACAUCCCCCUUCUCCCGUACUCCCCGGGUUCCUUCCUUCGGUGGGACUGAGUCACCGUCUCGUUCCCAGCCACCCACGGCGCUUUUCCGGCGGUGCCCCUCCGCAGAAGGUGCCUGGUUACCAUGGCACCCGAGUGCCCUUCUGUUCUAGAUGCCAGAUUAGAUCUGUUCUCAUGGUGACUGUGCCUCUGCUGUUCCCCACCAGCCCGGAGCCGCAGCACACGUUUAACGAGCUCGCUCGCACACCGCCGCUCCUCUCCACUCCAGGGGGAGACUCCUUCAGAUCCAAGACAAGCCAAGUGCUCCUUGCCGCGGCGUGGAGUUUGCAUUUCCUGCACUACCAGCCUCUCUGUGUUCGUUGCAGCUCCGGGAACGGGGCAGGAAGAGGUUGAUCCUGUUGCGUGGCUCUCUGCUGAUCCCUCGGCUCCCGCCUGUGAGGAGCCAGCAUUCCUGCUCCUCGCUGCCUUUCCUCACCAUGGAUACUUGGCGCAGGGGGUCCAUCAAGUCCACCACCUUCUUCCGACGCUUCUCCCUCAGGAGGCACAAAAAGCUGGGCAACCAAGUCAUCAUCCUGAACCAGAACAGCCACACUCUGGACAAGGACGGCCAGAAGAGGGAAUGCUUGAGGGAUCUGAAGGACAAGUCUGAGUACCUGUCCUGUCAGAGCGAGCAGAACCUGGCCAAGGCACAAGCCCCUCCCAAGCCUCCCCGGCUGUACCUGGACAGCUCCAGCUGCCCCAACAUCAUCGAUCACACAGAUUCCCACUCCGACCUCUCCUUUUCUGAUGCUGCUCCGUACCACAAAGCCACUCCGACGCAUAAGGACCAGGCUACGGACCUCGGCACCUCAGAGGCAGGUCUCCCAAACAGCACCACUCUUCCCGACCUGGCUGACCCCUUCCUGUCCUUCAAAGUGGAUCUGGGGCUAUCGCUCCUCGAGGAUGUGCUGCAGACCCUCAGGAAACAGAACCCGAGGGAUUACGCCAUUUGA